AUUAUUCUCGGUUGUGGUUGAGAGACACUCUACCGAGACACUAUGGAUGAACCAUUAGGUAAUGACGAGUCAUAGUAGAUAAAACACAGCUGUAGUGAACAUUGCCAAAUCAAUUAUGUAUCCAAAAUACGGGAUUUUACCUCGAGACUGAAGACAAAUUCUAAUAGUGAUAGAUGGAUCAUUAUAAUACAUCCCAGUUGUUCUACCAAGCAGUGAUUUGACUGGAGACAUUGGAUACGAUCAAACCUGGAAUAGGAUGUUACUAGCAUCCGCUGUAGUGGUAUGGGAAUGGCUGAACGAGCACGGACGCUGGCGGCCCUACAGCCCGGCUGUCUGUCAUCACAUCGAGGCAGUCAUCCGGAGCAACCCGCGCUGUGGUAGUGUCGUCCUCGGCCAGGUGGACUCGCGCCUCUCGCCCUACAUCAUCGAUUUGCAUUCCAUGCACCAGUUCCGACAAGACACAGGUACCCUCCGACCGGUACGACGCAGCUUUUACGACCCCACCUCAGCACCGGGCCAGGGCUGGUUGUGGGAGUGGGAGAACGACACCGGCAGUUGGACGGUGUACGACACUGACGUCGGCAUCGCCAUCCAGGCGGCACGCGAUCGCCAGCAGCCCUGGCUGGAUCUGGCGCCGCUGGGAUUCUGCUACCUCAUUGACUUCGAAAGCAUGACCCAAAUCAACGGGCAGACGCAGCGCUGCCGACGCAUCCAGCGCCGCUCGGACCUGGCGUACCCCCUUGUGUCGGGGCCUUUGCCUCGAUCACACCACGCGUGGGGACCCAUGUCCAUGCCCAGCCACGGAGGACUGCUGGGGGUGGAUGUUUCCGGAGCGGCGGGUAUGGGGAUCCGAAUGGGCAGCGGAGGGACUGGAAACGGGAGUGCGUAUCCAAGUGGGGCGCUUCCUGCUUCGGCCAUCACUUCUUUAGGACAACCGUGUGCCUGUCAGCAGUGUAUGCUAGUGCUAAGUGUCAAGGCGGGUGCGAUGGCGACUGCUCACACUCUCGGUCGGAGGCCGCCACAGACAAAACCACCUAGUCCCAAAAUCAGCAGUCACCCAAUCCCAGGAGGAUCGUACUCGCUGACACUCCCUCGGCCUCCCUCCCUUUCUCGCUCCCUCUCCCCCCACAGGACAUCCAUAGUUGGGGCGACAGGUGGCUUCAGUGUGAGCGGUAUGGGUGGCGCCGGAGGUGUGGGCUUUAUGGGUGGCAGUGGCUAUGGCAGCUCCAGCUAUGGCUUCGGAGGAGGCUUCCCCCACUCUCUCUCUCUUCUCAACUCAGCUACGGCAGCCCUAUCCAUCUCCUCCACCCGCCCCCCUCCUCCACCUCUUCCGCCACCACCGCCACCCCCUCCUCCACCCUCCACACUGUCAUCUUCAGCCAUCUCUCCCCCUCACCCCCCUGCCUCAUCCUCCCUGUCUGCUUCCUGCUCCGCCCCUACAGUGCCCGCUCCCGGCCCCCCUCCUCCUCCUCUCAUCUCCACCGCUUCCUCCACCUGCACGCCCUCGCCUUCCGCCCGCGUGCUGGGUCCAGUGUCUUCAUCGGGUGCUGCUGCCUGUGCCGCUCCUCUGCCGCCGCGGUCUAGCCUGGCGGGGCUAAGCAGACCUGCUCUGCAGCGGAUUGCCAUGGCUCAAUCCCGUGCCCUGAUCGCCUCUGGAGUGCCAACAGUUCCAGUGAAGAACCUUAAUGGAUCCAGCCCGGUGCACCCUGCACUGGCAGGCAUUACAGGCAUCCUGAUGAGCGCAGCAGGACUUCCUGUCUGCCUGACACGCCCCCCCAAGCUGGUGCUUCAUCCUCCUCCUGUCAGCAAGAGCGACAUCAAGCCCGUCCCCGGCCUGGGCCACUGCUGCCGCAAGACCAACAAGAAACAGGCUCGCAAAGGCAAGACCCCUGAGGAGGUAGUGAAGAGAUACCUUCAGAAAGUCCGCAAUCCCCCUGAAGAGGACUGCACCAUCUGUAUGGAGGCUCUAGCCGGGCCAUCGGGCUACAAAGGCCCCGGUGUAGGUGGCAUCUCACGGGCUGAGUCAGUGGGACGCCUGGCUCAGUGCGGCCAUCAGUACCACCUCCAAUGCCUCGUCGCAAUGUACAACAACGGCAACAAGGACGGCAGCCUGCAGUGUCCAACCUGCAAGACCAUCUACGGAGUCAAAACCGGCAACCAGCCCCCAGGCAAGAUGGAGUACCACGUCAUCCCCCACUCACUGCCGGGCCACCCAGACUGCAAAACCAUCCGGAUUAUUUAUAACAUCCCACCUGGCAUCCAGGGCCCAGAGCACCCAAAUCCAGGCAAACCUUUCACUGCCCGUGGUUUCCCCAGACACUGCUACCUUCCUGACAGCGAAAAGGGACGCAAGGUUCUGCGGCUUCUUCUGGUAGCGUGGGACCGCCGGCUCAUUUUCUCCGUGGGCACGUCCAGCACCACCGGCGAAUCCGACACAGUCAUCUGGAACGAGGUGCACCACAAGACAGAGUUUGGCUCCAACCUGACAGGCCAUGGUUAUCCCGAUCCAGGCCACUUGGACAACGUGCUGGAGGAGCUUAAGGCUCAGGGCAUCACCGAGGAGGAGUGUCUACCAAGAGACUGACCAGAAAAACAGAAGAAAUGGGAAACAAGGCUAGAAACUGCUGGAAAAUAUUUAAUGUUUUCAACAAAAGAAAGUACUUUUACCACCAGAGAAGGAUCAAGCCUUUGAACUCUUUACAGGAAAGAUGCAGAAAGUUGUUUCCUGCAGACAGAAUUAGCUGAAAAUGAAAUUUCUCUCAUGACUGCAUGAGUCAGUUUCAGUACGGGAGAAAUCCAUUUUUCUCCUGAUGCAGUAACAGUGUCAAGAUCACAGAUGUUAUUCAGUGAGACAUUUGAGACCACUGUGCACAUACAAGUCAGUGUUAGAUUAACAAUAACAAACAUUUAAACUGUGAGACUUCAAAUCAAGAAUGUAACAAAGUGGAUUUUUCCCUGAAUUGAUUAAGUUUUUGCUGCUAAGUGGAACUGAAAGAAGGAAAAGAAGUCUGUACGUUUGAAGCGUUAGUCCAAGCAGAAGACACUUGUGUGUAACUGGAUAUCUGAGCAUGAAUAUUUGCUGACCUCUAGUGGUACUUUUCCAGAACUACAUUCCUUUUUAGCUUUGAUUUGUAUUCAAUUGUAUCGAUGUACAUUGCAAAUACUUGAUAUAUGAUAUUGUUUCCAUCAUGUUUUUAUAUUUUAAUUUUACAUUUGUUUUAUAUGCUGUUUCUUUGCAUUGCAUUAUGUGUGUGUGUGUGUGUGUGCGUGCGUGCGUGAGUGUGUUUGUGUGUGUUGUAACAGACCGACAUUUUCGCUGAAGUGAGAAUAAGCUGCAAGUGUGCCCAAGAUGGCCUGAAAAUGUAUACGCCAUCUACCAGCCCCUUUCUUUAAAAAAAUAUAUAAUUUUCUGUAUUUUUAACAGUUUUUAAAACUGACAUUCCUUAGCUAUUUGGCUCUCAGAACAUUGGUAAGAAACUUUCUAUGUAUUCUAGUUUGAGCUAAAUGUUGAGGACUGAUUGAGGAAAAACUACUAUGGAUUAAUCCCUCUCACAAAACAUCUAGGAUUGGACCUCCUGCCUGAGCUCAGAUUUGCACAGAGCUUGCCACUUGGUAUCAAAAUAUCCCAGGACAGCUUGCAUCUACUGUACUUUUUAUGUAGGUCACACAAACCAGGCUCAAAUGCUCUAAUGAAACUACAAAGUGAAGUCGUUUGUUGGUUUUUCUCAUGUUUAGUUCCUGCAAUGAGCAGGUGCAAAAGACUAUCUCUUGUUGUGGAUCUAGCUUUGGCCAAAGUGGUCCAGUCGGUUUGCAUUCAGUCCAGUGUGGACCGGUUUGUAAUGAGAUUCAAUAGAUGAGUUGUUAACAUGCUAAUGUAGGCCAACAUUAAAAGCAGUUUUGCUUUAUGAUACUUUAUGUAUGCACUGUACUGUAUGUAUGUGUUUUAUGUGCACAAAUUUGCAUUAAACGUUUUUCUAAGGUUCAAAGAAAAUUACAGAACUACCUU